UGUAGCACGCAAACAACCAGUCAAGAUGGCACCAACUGGGCUGAAAGCAGUGGUUGGACAAAAAAUCCUAAAUGGAGUCAUCAAGAGUGUAAAGAAGGAUGGAGAAUGGAAGGUUCUCAUUUUGGAUCACAUUAGCAUGCGAAUUUUGUCCUCUUGCUGCAAGAUGUCUGAUAUUAUGGCAGAAGGGGUGACCAUUGUGGAGGACAUUAAUAAGCGCAGAGAGCCCAUCUCUAGCCUGGAGGCCAUUUAUCUUAUUUCACCAGUGGAGAAGUCAGUUCGUUCGCUGAUCAGUGACUUCAGAGAGACCGCAUUUACUUACAAAGCAGCACAUGUCUUCUUCACUGACACGUGCCCAGACGGUCUCUUUGCUGAAAUUGGAAGAUCACGAGUUGCAAAGGCCAUCAAGACUUUGAAAGAGAUCAAUGUGGCUUUCCUGCCAUAUGAGUCGCAGGUGUUCUCCUUGGAUGACCCCACCUCCUCGCACUCCUUCUACAGUCCCAGUGGAACUGGAGAUAAAGGCAAAAUGAUGGAGGGCCUGGCCGAGCAGAUCGCCACGCUCUGCGACACACUGAAAGAGUACCCCGCAAUCCGCUAUCGCAGGGGCCCAGAGGAAAAUGCAAGACUGGCUGAGGAGGUGUACCAGCGCCUCACUGCUCAUAAAGCUGACAACCCUAGCAUGGGAGAGGGUGCUGAUAAGGCACGAUCCCAGUUGCUGAUUGUCGAUCGUGGUUUUGACCCUAUCUCACCCAUUCUGCAUGAGCUAACCUUCCAGGCUAUGGCCUACGACUUGCUAGAUAUCAAACAAGACAUCUACAAGUAUGAGACAGCCGGCAUUGGAGGGUCAAAGGAGAAGGAAGUUUUACUGGAUGAAGACGAUGAGCUAUGGGCUCAGCUAAGACACAUGCACAUCGCAGAUGUCACCAAGAAAGUUACGGAACUUCUGCGUACCUUCUGUGAGAGUAAGAGGAUGUGCACUGAGAAUGCCAACAUUAAAGAUCUGUCUCAGAUAUUGAAGAAGAUGCCCCAGUAUCAGAAGGAACUGAGCUUGUACUCCACUCACUUGAACCUAGCAGAGGCCUGUAUGAAGAAAUUCAAGUCCUCCCUGGAUAAGCUUUGUGAAGUGGAACAGGACUUGGCGAUGGGGUCGGAUGCAGAGGGGGAACCUCUAAAAGAUGCCAUGAAGAGUAUCGUCCCAGUACUCCUCAACAAUGAAAUUGAGGCCUAUGACAAGAUCCGCAUCAUACUGCUCUACAUAUUCCACAAGAAAAAGGGCAUCGGGGAGGAGAACCUUACCAAGCUGAUCCAGCAUGGCAACAUACAGGGGGACAGCAACAUCAUCACUAACCUGCAGCACCUGGGCUGUAACAUAAUCUCCGGGGGCCCCAAUGCUGGGAAGACUCUUCCAGAGAAGAAAGACCGCACAGAGAGCACCUACCAGCUCUCCAGAUGGACGCCCACCAUCAAAGACAUCAUGGAGGACAUCAUAGAGGACAAACUGGACAGAAAGCAGUGGCCCUUCAUCACUGAGCCAGCUCCUGUCAAUACAAGCCAGACCGCAGUCAGCAGUGCACGAUUUGGACACUGGCACAAAAACAAAACUUCGACUGAAUAUCGUUCAGGACCUCGGCUCAUCGUCUUCAUUAUUGGCGGGGUGUCAUACUCGGAGAUGCGCUCGGCUUACGAGGUCACUCGUGCUACUGAUGGGAAAUGGGAAGUGCUGAUCGGGUCUUCUCACAUCCUGACCCCCACCAGUUUCCUCUCUGACCUAAAGAGACUGGACCAAGUGCUUGUCCCCGAUAGCUAGGUGACACCCUGGGUAGGGAAGAGCCCACUCGGGUGACUGCUGGGAGCCUCUCCUUUGUGAUGUUUGGAUAUUGGAUCUUCUUUCAUAGAGUUUGACAUGAGACAUAAAACAUGGAGACAACAUUUUAGAUUUAAUCACAGAAGGAACCAUAUUGUGAUUAUCUUUCUUUAAGAAUGUUCUUUUUAUUGUAAUGCUCGAUGUGAAAUGGAUUAUGUAUACACUGCUGUUAUGAUUGAUAUUGUAUUCAAAAUAUUUAAUUUAGAUGGAGCAUUUGAUAAUUGGUCAGUUACCGUAGCUCACACUGUUGUAAUUUCAAAAGGCAGAUUUUUAUUUUUGUUAACAUAAGUGGCAUUUAUCUUAUUGAGGACUCAUAAAACUGCAUCAUCCCCACAGAACUGGAUUAUCCUAUUAUAAAAUUAUAAUGGCAAAUCCAACGCUGUAUUCACUUCCGGACCGACACAAGUGGCCAUUCAUUUGAUGAUCGUCUCCUGCUGAUGCAAUAAAGAAAUAUGCGUGGUGACAUCCGGUGUUUGCUCCCCGUUACCCCAAAAGUGUCAUCUAAUUUUGUUGUCGUUUUCACUUGGGAAUUUUCAUCCCAGUCACAAUGUGUCACUUUCUGGCUUCUGAAAUCAUGCACUUUCCUCAUGUACAAGUGAGUUUCGUUGUUGUCCUUAUUAGAAGUAAUUAAUAAAAAUAAACUUCAU